CGGAACGCGGUGUCCAGGAGUCCGGGCGCGGCCAUGGCGCUGUCGCUGGCUGCGCUGCGCAUCCUGCUGGGCAGUUUUUUCGUGCUCACGGGGGCGGCCAAGCUCGCGCCCAUCGCGGCCCCUGUGUCGCAACAGAUGAGAGCCCUGUUCGUGCGCUUUGCCGAGGUGUUCCCAUUGAGAGUGUUCGGCUACCAGCCAGACUCUGUGAGCUACCAAACAGCAGUGGGCUGGCUGGAGGUGCUGGCAGGCUCACUGCUGCUCGUGGGCCCACCGCUGCUGCAACGCGUCAGUACCAUGUUCCUGAUCUUGCUCAUGAUGGGGGCCAUUUUCACUUUGAUGUUUCUGAAACAAUCCCUGAGCACCUGCAUCCCGGCCUUCGUCUGCCUGUGGCUCCUGCUGCUUCUGGAUGUCUGCCAGCUCUUACCCCAAACUGAGAAGGUGGCCAGACCCAGCAGGAGGAGGAAGACAUCUAGCAUGCUCAAGGAAUCCUGGGAGUAGAUUCCCUACCAGAUGGUGCCUUGCUGGUCUUACCACAGGGUCAGGGGG